GCCCGCCCGCAGGUGGAAAUGUCACAAGAUGAUAAUAACAUGGAAGAAUACCCCACUGAAAUUCAUGAUUAUCUCACAGCAUUUGAAAAGUCCCUUGGUUCUGUAGAUGAGAUGCUGAAAACAAUGAUGUCAGUUUCUAGGAGUGACCUUUUGCAAAAGUUAGAUCCUCUUGAGCAAGCAAAGCUGGAUCUGGUUUCGGUAUACACAUUAAAUUCUAUGUUCUGGGUAUACUUGGCUACCCAGGGAAUCAAUCCAAAGGAACAUCCAGUGAAACAAGAGCUGGAGAGAAUAAGAACAUACAUGAACAAGGUCAAAGAAAUAGCAGACAAGAAAAAGGCAUCCAAACUCGAUAAAGGAGCUGCUUCUAGAUUUGUAAAAAAUGCACUCUGGGAACCAAAGGCAGAAAAUGAACAUACUUCCAAAACUCCUGCUAAAGGAAAAAAGAGACAAAGGGACUAAAUCUUUUUUUCCCCUCAUAAGAAUUGCGGACACCUAGAACUUGCUUGGAAAUGUUUUGCAUACUGCAUGCAUCUCAUAGAAGGGCUGUAUAACAGAUUAAUUUAUACUUAAAAAUUCUACAGGAUUGUAUUUUCUCCAGAACAUUUGUUACUGUGGUGAUCACAUUUAAUGUGUAUCUAAAAGUGCCAUUUGAUGCACAUUGGACAUUUCAUUACUCACAUGAUAAUAACCUGACAUAUACUUGCUGGUAAUAAAUACUAGUGAUGUUUUGUUUAUAAUGCCUAUGAAUUCAAAUUUUAAGUGAUUUAUUGACGCUUUUUUAUAUGUCCUCAAUCUCCUCAAUAUUAAAAAGUUUGAAACACUGCUAUCCAGUCUGUGGUAUUUAUGAAAGAGCAUUGUGUGAAAUGCCUUCUUUUUAGAGUUUUGUAAGGUUUAUUCACUGUAUUAAACUCUUUUCAACUUGAA